CAGCUUUUAACACUGCAUUGAUGAGCUCUGGGUUUCUCUGUUCUGUCGCAAUUAUUUCAGGGCUGUGGAUUCAACUGUAAGUGUUUGCUGCUGGAAAAUGUCAUUGUAUAAAGUGACAAUAGUGGUUGUUCAAUCUAAUCAGACACUGACUUGUAAAUUUUCUUUUCAAAAGUAGCAAAGUACACUGUGUGAUUUUAAUAUUGAACUUGACCCAAAUAUGUAUUAUUUGCACAAAUCACCUCAUUACCAAAAACUGCUGUAUUCAACGUGAUGCUCGUGACAUCAGCCUUACCACCAGCCACGCAAUCGUGCGUCGUGCUUCUAUUUUUUGCACCCAAAAGCUAUUUUUGAACGGGGGCUCACCAACGUGCUUCAGACUGUGGCAGAGAAGACGAUAUAAGUAGCAACAGAAGGCAGAAAGCUUAAAGUACUUUCAUGUCCCUUUCAAAGCUGCCAUUGUGUCAAUGCGCAAUUGCGCAGCCGGGAAACCCAGAGCAGUGAGACCAGAGGCAACAAGGGGGCUUGAAACUACUGCAGCGUGCCUCUCUCGAGAGGGAAAAAAAGCCUCCUGCUGUGACCCCGUUCUCAUGACGCGGACUUCCAAAUUUUCUCUUGAUAAUCAGGUGAGCAUUGCCUCUCUAUGAAUUCUCUGCGACUUUAUCGUGGACGCUAGUGGAGGGAUUGAAGACAUUUUGGAGCCUGGGGACGGCAAGCAUGACAGUGUAUUGGACUCAUAUGUGUUGUGACUGCAACUCACGAUGACAGUUCGCAUCAGGACUGUGGAUGCACUCGUCAAAAGUGCGGAUAUUUCAGAGGAAGCACCAUGGACGCAGCGGACAUAGUUGCUUCCGUUGUGGUUUUCGGAAUUAUUAUCGUGUCGCUGCUGUCCAACGUGGUGGUGCUGAUCUGCUUUCUGUACAACCCGGAGAUCCGCAAACAGGUACCCGGGCUUUUUAUCCUCAAUUUGACGUUUUGCAACCUGUUGUUAAGCGUGUCCAACAUGCCACUUACUCUGGUCGGGCUCAUCACCACGGGGCACCCCGGAGGCAGCGGCUUUUGCCAAAUUGUGGGUUUCCUUGACACUUUUCUCACCACUAACUCUAUGCUCACCAUGGCAGCUCUCAGCAUCGAUAGAUGGGUGGCGGUGGUGUUCCCCCUCAGCUACCACUCAAGAAUACGGCACCGGGAUGCAGUGAUCGCUCUGGCGUACACGUGGAUACACUCACUUUGCUUCUCCACGGUGGCCACCUGCCGCUCCUGGGUCGGCUACCAUUACCUUUACGCAUCGUGCACUCUCUGCAAUGUCAGGGCGAAAGGAGCCGGGACGCAGUUCAUCGUUUUCACCGUGGCUCUGUAUUCCCUCACAUUCCUUCUCACGCUGAUCGUGUUGUGUGUAACGUACCUGAAAGUGCUGAAAGUUGCAAGGUUUCACUGUAAACGCAUCGACGUGAUCACUAUGCAGACGUUGGUGCUGCUCGUGGAUAUUCACCCCAGUGUGCGCCAGAAAUGCUUGGAUGAGCAGAAGCGGAGGAGGCAGAGGGCCACCAAGAAGAUCAGUACGUUCAUCGGCACCUUUGUGGUGUGCUUCACCCCUUAUGUCAUUACAAGAAUGGUAGAGCUCUUCUCUCCAUGGCCCAUAAGCCCUCACUGGGGCGUGCUGUCUAAAUGUCUGGCCUACAGCAAGGCAGCCAGCGACCCGUUUGUCUACUCGCUGCUGCGCCACCAGUACAGGAAGACCUGCAACCUUCUGGCGAACAAGGUCCUCAAGAGGAGUCCACUCAACUCCUCCUCCCUCAGGAUGGAGAACAACGCAGGGAGGAUCAACAACAACGCCAACACCACCAACAACAUCCAACCAACCGCCAAUAAGCCUCUCAGCCAGUGAAGGUCGUCGCUUUCAGAGACAAUAAGGGUACUUUACCGUGCUAAAGGUGUCUUGGAUUUGAGAUCUUACUUUGAGGUAACGGCUGCAUACACACCAAACAACUUACUCUCAUGAACAGUGUGUAAGAUAUCUUACGGAAACUUAUGCACAACAUCUUGCAACAUAUGACCUAUCUAAUGUUGUGAAAUGGUUGCACAGUGGCAGUUUUAAACAAGGUUAACAGAAGUUUGCGGUUAAGUUUAGGCAGCAACACUACCUAGUUAAGAUUAGGAAAAAAGAUCAGGGUUCGGAUAAAGUAACUACUUCUGUACAUAAUUGCAUAGGUGAUAUAUAACAGAAUAUAUUUAGAUAUGGAAAUUAAUUUACAAGGUCCCUUAGAAUAUCUGUUGGCUUUUGGUUUCACAGGGGAAACAUGUUAAAGUGUGUUUGACCCAUUAACCAGCGCCUUCUCCCACCCUAUACAGACUUUCUCAGUCUUUAUAGCAUAUUAUCCGACUUCCUGUUUUGCUUCCCACAAAAUUACUAUGGCCACUAGAGGUCGUUGUCUAUAAUAAAAACAUCAAUAUGGGCUUCUUGGCUCACAAUAACAUGGGUCACAUAGGAAAUACAGUACAUUGCUCUUCGAGGGUAUAACUAUAACCCCAAUUCCAAAAAUGUUGGGAUGCUGUGUAAAACGUAAGUAAAAACGGAAUGCAUCAAACUCCAAAUGCAGAGUCUAUAUAGUUUAUCAGUUUGAACAAAAAAUAUGCUGUAGUCAAAAGUUGAUUUUGCUUGAAUUUUUCACCACAGGGACACUUUCCACAUUCAGGACGGGCAGUUUUCACUGAAACACCUGAUUUUGUGUGGAUGCAGCUGAACACUUCAGAAAAUGGGGGUAUGAUAGUAGAAUUACUUCUGUGUGAUGGUUUAACAUCAGAUGGAGUUUUGUUAUUUAAUUAUUUAUUGAAGGACGAGGCUGGGAAUAUUUUACAUUCUUUUUACUAUCAACAAAUCCCAUGAACAGACCAAAAUCAACAACUGGACUUUCCCAGCCUGUCUGUGCCACCCCAAGCUCAUUCAUUCCUACUGAGGACAUAAAUCUUGAAGAUAAAAUACAAGUAAGUACAAUAAAAUGUCUUCAUAUGUCCUUAACCAGCUGGUUGCUGCAGUUUAUUGCAGCUGACCCUUAAACAGAAGUUAAAAGCAAGUUUGUAGGGGACUUCUUUCAACAGGAGAUUUGGUACACUUGCAACUAUUUCCAGCAGCCAAACUCAAAAUAAACGUCUCAAAAACAUCUCAACCAGUGCAAAAGUUUGGCUCAAAGUAUUUUUGAUAGUUUGUGUAGGGAUUAUCCCUAUAAGGCAAAAAGGGAAAUCAUUUUCUGUACAAUCAAUUCAUUGAAAUGUAUAGAAUAUCCUUCAAAGGAGAACAGACUGACCACAUCUGUGGGUUGUGUGUGUAGUUUGUAAUAGCAUUAAGUAUUUCAUUAAAAGUGUAAUGUCGUCUUUUUCUGCAAAAACAAAGUUUCUAAUGCGAUAAUUUUGUAGCAUACUGGUAAAUGUGUCUCAAAUAGCCUGUGUAACAUGGAAAGCAAAAAUUGACUAAGUUGUUUAUUGUGUCAUUAGAUACACAAACUAUAAGUGAACCCUCACUUAAAAAGCAACUAAAUCUUUAGUAUUGUCAUUCUCGGAUGCAGUGUUUUACAGUUUGGUUACAUUGGUAACGUACAAGAGUAAACAUAGGAGUACUUUCAUUACCUCAAGUCAGUAUAGUUGUAUAUCAUAUGGUAAAAACCAAUUUAAAUGUAAACAUCCCACCUUAGCUGAAUGGCUGAAUUUCUAAAUUCAAGCCAAACCUCUGACCUCAGUGAUGAUUCUCUGGCUGGAUUAAGGAGUGUUUGUGUUGAAGGGAUAAUAUAUAUAAAAUAGAUUUUGACCAUACAGUUAUAUUGUAUGCACAGCAGUGCACCACACUGAUGGUUUAAUUGAAAUGUUGUAGCUGUGAGGCCUGAAAUCUAAAGUGCCUUUUAGACUAUGAGCACUCUGAUUGCAUCCAAACACAACAGAGGAAACCUUCACAUCAUCAUUUCCUUGGUAUUGCGUGCUGUGGUUAAGUGUGAUAUUAGAGUUAUGCAGUUUGGUCACAUUGUAAGAAAGUUGAUUUUUGUAAUACCACCACAUUGUACUGCAUCGGGCAAAACAGGGUGAAAUAUUAUUUGAAUGUGGUAGCAACUAUUCAGUAAUGUGUAAUUAACAUUCCAGCUUGUGCUGUAUGAGCAGCUGUGUGACGUCUGGGUUGUAAAAAUGAUUAAUUUUGACAACACUGGCACUUCAGGAUGUUGUGUUUUUACUUUACUGUGACAGUAUGAAGCCUUUAAAAGGUUUAAAAUAUUUAUUUUUGUCAAAACUGUGUUUUUGCUAAAUACAUUUGUGAUUAUAUUGCAAUAAAUGCUGUGCAUUUUGACAUUUUAAAA